AUGCUUCACUUUUCUGCGCAGUCUCUUUCGGGUUCGCGACUAUCUGCUGCUGAUGUCUCUGUGCCGGGGUAUCCUCGUCUCAGGCAAAUUCCUCAGAGGGAGCCUCCUGCCGUUGGCUUACUCACAAUGCUUAAGGAGUAUUGCUUCUUUACACAGUUCCCCGAUUCCAUUACAAAAACCGUAAGUCAGAACUUGGACUCUUAUGGUUCUAGUUUUCUUCAAGUCAAGCGACGAAACGUCCUCUUGAUCAGCAAAUUCUCGUGUAA